CAAGCACAUGCUGCACUCACGAUCGAAUCGCACUUCUUCUCUCUCUUUUCCACGAUGUUGCACCUGGCUUCGCUGAUUGGUUUGCGCUCUCCAAACCCGCAUUUUGGCAAAUGGUUUAGGACCGCAUCGAUAGAUGACGUCCUGAACCUGUUCACCGACCUGGUGAAGUCUGGAGCACCUGAUUUCCAAGCGUCUGCUAUAUCGGAAUCAGAACUAGAUUAUCUUGAACGAUUGCUAGACUCCUUUCCCGCUCUUGAGUAUGGCGGUAUCGAUUUAACAGCGGUCGGAUCAUAUCUCAUCGCAAAUCACCCGCGUAUACAAUCUCACGUCGAAGACGUGAGCCCUACGGCACUUUCAUUGUUACUUGGUCACUGCAACUUCCCUUUUGCGACAGAAGUAAAACCAAGUAAAGACGCUCUUAUCCGCUCGAUUGCUCUACUCACGUCAAGUAGCGACUACAUGUUCUCACAAGAGGCAGACAUCGGGUCGGAACCAGCAAUUCGUGCUCGCACGGUCACCGCCAGAUUAGAAUAUAUCUUCUCUGUUCUUGCUCACCCGCCCAAAGGAGUUCCGACACAGGACGAUGUUCUUGACGUUUUGUGCCGGAUUCCGUAUCCUUUCCCCGUAUCACCAACCUUCGUGAGCCGACAUACAAUCACCAGUUUGCAACCAAUGGCUGCGCGACUGCUUCCAUCUUCCACUGAUUUGCCUUCUCGAGAUAGUUUGCGGUUGUCGGUUGCGGUUUUGAGGCCCCUGGCCGACCUUUGCAAUAUAAUGAUCACCGAUCGUGGCGCUAAAGCAGAGAGCUUACUGGAAGGAAAAGACGAACUGAAUGAGUUAGACUUUGUAGUCUGGGCUGAAGCUGUUGAACUCCACGGAUGUUUGAACAGCCUGUUUAGUGUGUUUAUGUACUCCAAUCCUGAUGUUUUGAAAGAUUAG